AUGGCUGAUCCAUCCUACCUUGCAGGUAUACGGUCCGAUUCCGAUCUUCACACCUUCGGCUUCGCGUGGCGUCCUUGGCUAGAGAAAGAAUCCAUUGCACAAGGCUCGAUGAUUUCCAAUUACAUUAAGGAAUCGGCCGAGCAGGAGGGAAUCGAUCGAAAAAUCAAAUUCUUCCACAGUGUUGACAGGAUAUCUUGGUCUACGGCAACGAAGGUAUGGACUCUGGAUAUAACCGUGAAGGACCCGGGAGCUGCUAAGAAGUCCCUACGCACACGGUUCAUCAUGCUCGGGACCGGUUACUAUGACUACAAAACACCCAUGGAUGCUGAGAUCCCGGGAAUAGCGGACUUCCAGGGCACGGUGGUACAUCCACAGUUUUGGCCAACGGACCUUGACUAUAGUGGCAAAGACAUCGUCAUCAUCGGAUCUGGCGCCACAGCCGUUACGUUGCUGCCGGCACUGGCAGAAAAAGCAUCCCAUGUCACGAUGCUGCAACGUUCACCCACUUAUAUCAUGCCGGUACCAAAGGAGAGCAUGUUCGACAGAGCCAUUAGAUCCAUAUUCCCACAUUAUUUGGCGUUUGGGAUUAUCCGUUUUAAAUGGAUCCUGAUGUCGCUGUUGCUCGUGACCUACUGCCAAUGGUUCCCCAACCACGCUCGGAAAUCCUUUCUUAGAAAGGUGAAGCAAGAACUACCCCAGGGGGCGUCUCUCGAUCCUGACUUUACUCCCUCAUAUAAUCCGUGGGACCAAAGGCUAUGUGUGUGUCCAGACGGGGACUUCUACGCUUGUUUGCGUCGUGGUAAAGGCAGCAUCAAGACAGGGGUCAUCGAUAGAGUUACGCAGGCAGCUAUCCGACUCAGAUCAGGCGACGAGCUCAAUCCAGAUAUUGUUGUGACCGCGACAGGCCUUAGAAUGGCCAUGGCUGGCGGCAUCGAGAUCAUUGUUGAUGGCGAGCCAUACCAGGCUGCGGACCAUUUCAUGUGGAAUGGUGCCAUGCUCGAGGACCUGCCCAACCUGGUUCUCGCGAUUGGAUACGUGGAUGCUAGCUGGACUUUGGGAGCGGACGCAACCGCACAGCUGGCGAGCCGCUUGCUGAAUAGGAUGAAACGGGAUUCGGUGAGCAUGAUUGUGCCUCGUUGCAACAAUGAUGAGAAGAAAGGAAUGAGAGAAACUCCGUUCCUCUACCUGAAGUCAACAUAUGUCCAGCGAGGGAAGAGCGUGUUGCCAAAGGCAGGCAAUCGUUCUCCGUGGCAGCGUCGGUCAUAUUACUGGAAAGACAUAUUUACUGCUCGCUGGGGUGAUAUUUGGGCUGGCAUGGAAUGGUCGAAAUGA